AAACCGGCAUUUCAGCACCACUGCCGGCCGCUGUUUCUGUCUGCUGUCGAGGCCACUUUGUACUUAUAUAAAUAUUUUUUAAAUCGCAAGUUUUGAUCCCAAUAUGCCUGGAUAUUCUGACAGAGACCGCGGCAGAGAUAGAGACAGAGGCUAUGGCGGUGGACCUCCCAGGUUCGGUGGGAGCCGGGGUGGUGGUGGUGGAGGAGGAGGAAAGUUCGGCAAUCCUGGUGAGCGGCUGAGGAAGAAACACUGGAACCUGGAUGAGCUCCCAAAGUUUGAGAAAAACUUUUACCAGCAGCAUCCUGACGUUGCCCGUAGAACACUGCAAGAAGCUGAGCAAUACAGAAGGUCCAAAACUAUUACAGUGAAGGGGAGGGAGUGUCCAAAUCCCAUAACCCAGUUCCAUGAGGCGAGCUUUCCUUCUUAUGUGAUGGAGGUCAUCAACAAACAGAACUGGACUGAACCAACACCAAUCCAGGCUCAGGGUUGGCCUUUGGCUCUCAGUGGCAUGGACAUGGUUGGCAUUGCUCAGACUGGCUCUGGCAAGACACUUUCCUAUCUUCUGCCUGCAAUUGUCCACAUUAAUCACCAGCCUUUCUUGGAACGUGGUGAUGGUCCAAUUUGUUUAGUGCUGGCCCCCACUCGUGAGCUGGCACAGCAGGUGCAGCAGGUGGCGGCUGAAUACGGCAGAGCUUCUCGUCUGAAAUCCACCUGCAUCUAUGGAGGGGCACCCAAAGGGCCUCAGCUCCGUGACUUGGAAAGAGGUGUAGAGAUUUGCAUCGCCACUCCAGGCAGGCUCAUUGACUUCCUCGAGGCAGGAAAGACAAACCUUCGCAGAUGUACUUACCUGGUGCUGGACGAGGCAGACAGAAUGCUGGACAUGGGAUUUGAACCACAGAUCAGGAAGAUUGUUGACCAAAUCAGGCCUGACAGGCAGACGCUCAUGUGGAGUGCCACUUGGCCUAAAGAGGUUCGCCAGCUGGCAGAAGACUUCCUGAAGGAGUACGUUCAGAUCAACAUUGGUGCUCUACAGCUUAGUGCUAACCAUAACAUCCUCCAGAUUGUGGAUGUUUGCAACGAUGGAGAAAAAGAGAACAAGCUAAUCCGUCUACUUGAGGAAAUCAUGAGCGAGAAGGAAAACAAGACCAUCAUCUUUGUCGAGACCAAAAGGCGGUGUGAUGACCUUACUCGAAGAAUGAGAAGAGAUGGGUGGCCUGCAAUGGGGAUCCAUGGAGACAAAAGUCAGCAGGAGAGGGACUGGGUUCUUAAUGAGUUCAAAUUUGGCAAAGCCCCAAUCCUCAUCGCUACAGACGUUGCAUCCAGAGGCUUAGAUGUGGAAGACGUGAAAUUUGUCAUCAACUAUGACUACCCUAACAACUCUGAGGACUAUAUCCACCGCAUCGGCAGGACGGCUCGUAGCCAAAAGACCGGAACGGCCUAUACCUUCUUCACGCCCAACAACAUGAGGCAGGCCACGGACCUCGUCUCCGUGCUCCGAGAGGCCAACCAGGCGAUUAACCCAAAGCUCCUCCAGAUGGCAGAAGAAAGAGGAGGUCGUUCAAGGGGCGGCAGAGGUGGUGAUUAUGGUCGGGAUAGGUAUUCGUCUGGCAGGCGAGAUUACGGUGGUGGUAGGGAUAGAGAUAACGGUAGAGGUUAUAACAAUGGACCAAACAAGAGUUACGGCACAGGUUCUCAGAACGGAGGCUUUGGAGGCUCCAACGGCACCAGCAAUGGCUACGGGGGAGGCAACUACAACAGUAACGGACAGUCAAACUUCAGCAACAACCAAACCGGGUCGUUUGCCGCCCAGAACAACUUCCAGGCACAACAGUUUGCACCCAACAAGCCUGCCGUCCAGAACGGCGCGGGCCAUCCUCAGUUCUCCUUCCCUCAGGCACAGGCUCCUCCCCAGCACCCUGCCCCACAGCACCCCCCUCCACCACUGGUGCCGUACCCCAUGCCUCCACAGUUCUCUCAGUAAAUGCCCCGCAAACUUGAAAGAGGUAAUUUAUUGCAUUUUGUCUUUUUAGUUCUAUACCUGAUGACUUUUUGUAUUUACACGAGGGUUAUGUGAACCUCCUGAAGCUUUUUAAGAUCUGCAGCGCAGCAGUAGUUCUGUUGCACAUUUGUUUAUCCUGUAUUUAAUUUGUUACAUUCCUCCAGCAAUAUUUAGUUUGUUUUGUACCAGAUGAUUAAAAGUGUAUUAGUUUUCAUGUGUAGCAUUCAGAGUGAUGUUCAGCUCCUCCAUUGUGCACUGCAUGAUCUUUGAAAUAAACCCCUACAGAAGCC